GAUCUGCCCCUUCUUUCUGUCGACCAGAUUCAAGUCUCAGCCAGUUGCUCUUUCACUCACUCAAGGUUUGCGACUGGAUCCUCCACCAUGUUGUUUCCUUUGAUAAUAUUAUGGUUCCUGGGAACCGUUACGCUCGCUAUUGAGACCGAUCCUCUCAAAGGGUUUUGCCGACUCCAUGGACACCAGACGGCCGUCGUUGAUCGCAAGUUCUAUAUUGAUGGAGGGCUGGUGAAUUGGACGCCUCUCUCCGCGGAAUCAACAAACUACACAAGUACCUGGUUGCGGGAAGCAGACUUUGAUAAUUUACACGAGGCGUUCCCGGAGCACAGCUUACUGACCAAGGACGAGACGGUGCCUUCUGUUCAGGGUGGAGUGUUAUGGCCUGAUGAGUCGAACAAGUUGGUCUAUCAGUAUGGCGGUGAAUAUGGCAACUCGAGACCGGAGGAGUUCAAGCUGCGGUUCUACGACAUCGUCUACAAAACAUGGAAUGUCUCCAACGCUACCACGACGAAUAUACAGCGAUCAGCAUGGGGGGCUGGCGCUACAGCACAGGACAAGGGGAUGAGCUUUUACUAUGGAGGAUACUUGACGGCCGCGUCUGUCCCCGGAUACCCGACGACAACAGUUUUGAGUAACAUGAUCAUCUACAACAUGAACGACAAUUCAUUCAGGAACCAAUCCGGACCGGACAACAACCCUCGCGCCGAAGGCAGUAUGGUGUACAUCCCAGCAGGUGAUGGCGGAAUGCUCGUGUACUUUGGGGGUGUCGAAUUCGUAAACGGAAACCUGAUAGGGCAACCGAUGCCGAUGAACAUGAUCCGCAUUUACGACAUUGCCAACAACUUGUGGUUUAUGCAAAAUGCUACUGGCGACGAAAUCCCGGGUAACAGGCGUCGGUUCUGUGCAGGUGCGGCGUGGGCGGAAGACCGCUCUUCGUACAACAUAUAUCUCUACGGUGGUGCUUCGGUAGGAGAUGGAACGGGGUACGGAGACGUUUGGAUCCUCAGUUUACCAUCUUUUACGUGGAUCAAGUUCUAUCCCGACAACGAAUAUCCACACCACUCGCUCUCAUGUACAGUAUUCGAAAACACCCAGAUGAUUGUCAUGGGAGGCCACUUCCCCAACCAGACCAGCAACUGCGACGUCCCAACCAUCUACGGCCAACACAACCUCCACUUUGGCAAAACCGACAAAGAUGAGGUUUGGGGAGAUUUCAAGCCGGGGAAAAAGGGCUACCGAAUUCCUCCUGAGAUCUACAAGAAGAUCGGAGGAAGUGAGAAAGGCGGAGCUACUCUUCAGGAACCACCGGUGGGCUGGAUGCAUAGGGAUUUGAAGACGCAAUUCAGUCGAGCGCACACGCAAACGGACAGACCCCCAACUCGGGACAUCAAUCCACCUCCACCGCCAGCGGCAUCAACGGAAACCCCGGCCCCUACUCCUGAAGACAACGACAAUACUAAAGUCAUAGGUGGUGCAGUAGGCGGCGCAGUCGGAGGCGUUCUCGUGAUCGCAGCUGUGGGCGUAUUCUUCCUCCUCAGACGACGCAAGCAACGAGCACAAGCCGCACACCCAAAUCAAUCAAGCCGAGCGAUGCCGCCACCAUCCGAAAUGGACAGCCCGGUAUCCUCCAAAGCAGGCUUGGUCCACUCUCCACCAGGUUCGCCUCCUCUCAGGGACAGCAAAUGGGGCUACACUGCUCCAGACAGUAACACACAACACAACCACCCUUACCAACAGCAACGCCAACAUCAACACCAACACCAAAAUCAACAUCAACACCCACAAGGCGGAUACCCGAUCUCACCAGAGCAGCAAUCCGCGUUAUCGCCUCCGUGGUCAUCACACGCAACGCCAUUCGAGCUCGCGGGACCGAAUGUGUCGGAGCUGGCUGCGUCAAGAAGCGUGGAGAGAUUCGAACUUCCGGGCCACAUGUCUGAGGACGAGGAUGCGCCGGGGAACAGGGGGUCAAGAAGAGGCACAGGGCAUAAUUUCCCGAGAUCAGAAAAGAAAAAACGGUAG